AUGAGGCGUGGUCGAGCGGGAGCCGGUUAUCGUCGUGGUCCGGGACGACCACGGAAACAACCCAUUGAGGCCGAGGAACCAGAACCAGUGACUCAGGAGGCGGAUUCUUCUAGGGAUCCAACGGAUGUUGAGACGGCUAGUCGGGGACAGACCCAUCAGACUCCUAGAGAUCAGGGACAUCAGCCUCAGGAGAUCCCUUCAGUCAUACCAUCUGGUAGGAAUCAGGAAUUUCAGCCUCAGGGUAUUCCCUCCGGGAUACCAUCAGCAUUUCCUACUCCUGCUACUACUGAUUGGAUGAGGGACAGAGCUCGGAUACCGUUGCUGGCGAGGUCCGUCAAGGACAGAUUUACCUUAUAUUUGGGCGGAGCAGAUCCUUGGGCUGCUCGAAGUUGGUUGAAGAAUGUAGAGAGCACCUUUGAGUACCUGAGUUGCACGGAUGAGGAGAAAGUGGAACUGGCAGCGUAUCAUCUCCGAGAUCAAGCAGUCACAUGGUGGGACAUGCAGAAGACGAUCUUUGGAGAGCAGCGCAUCACAUGGGCGAUGUUCCGAGACGCGUUUGAGCGGCAAUAUUUCCCAGCGACCUUCUGUCUAGCUCGACGCCAGGAAUUUCUGAAUCUCAAGCAGGGCGACCGGUCAGUGAUGGAGUACAAUGCUGAAUUCUGUAGGUUGGCAGAAUUUUGUCCUCACUUAGUGGCACAAGAUUAUGAUCGUAUGCAGCAGUUCACUCAGGGUCUUGCAGCAUACAUUCGGAUUCGGAUGUCAGGAUUUCCAGGUAGUUCCUAUCGGGAGGUUCUAGAUCGAGCACUAUUCAUAGAGAUGACUCAGCAGCAGGUAAAUCAGGAGAAAGGACAUGAAAAGCAGUCGUCGCAAAAGAGAGGGAAUAGAGGUCAGAGUUCUCGGGCUCCUUCCGGAGGAUCUUCUCGGCCUCAAAAGACUGGGCGAACAUCGGAUGGAGGUUCUCGUCCCCCUCAUCAUGAUCAGAAGAACUUUGGUGGGACCAGGUGUUUUCAGUGUGGGUCCAAGAGUCACACCAGGAAUAGUUGCCCGUUGGAUCAUGCUAUAUGUUUCUACUGUAAACUUCCGGGGCAUGAGAGUCGGGAUUGUACUCUGAAAGCACAGUUGGAGGCUCCUAAAGUUACAUCUCAGGGGGAAUCAUCCUCUCAGUCACGUUCACAGAGGAGAUCGCAGAAGACCCAGAGUGCCCCACGUCAGCAACGACAACAGCCUUCUCAGGGACAGAUAUACCAUGUGCAGGGUCAGGAGCCAGCGACCACACAGUAUUCUGCCGCAGCGUUUUCUCAUCAGGCAUUUCCAGCACAGCAGGAUUUUCAUCCACAUCAGCCUUACUCAGCAUAUCAGCAGCAGCCUCAGUCUCAGUAUCAGCAGCCGGUUCCCACACCUAAGAUGCCAGCGCAGGCCACUUCAGGGAUACCACAGCCGAGCUCAGAGGUGGGUCGUGUUUAUGCUGUUACACGGGAGGAGGCGCAGCGAGCUGAGGGAUCGGUUUUCCGAGGUACUAUUACAGUUUAUACAUUUACUGCAGAUUUAUUGAUAGAUACUGGUAGUUCCCAUUCAUUCAUAUCUCGGGUAUUUCUGGGUAAAAUCGGGAGAUUUCCUAGUCGUCGGACACACGGGCUGACAGUAUCUCUACCAUCUGGCGAGGUACUAAGUAUUAGUCUGGAAGUCAAAGGAUGUCCUUUAGACUUCAAUGGUCAGACUAUUAUGGUGGAUCUGCAGGUAUUGGAGAUGGUGGAAUUUGACAUUAUAUUGGGCAUGGAUUGGCUGGCCAUGAACCAUGCCACAGUUGACUGCAGAGCGAGAAUAGUCACCUUCCGACCUCCCGGUUUACCAUCUUGGUCAUUCAUCGGAACCGGGGGUGAUGGGAUAUCAGUCAUAUCAGCAAUGCAAGCGAGAAGAUUACUGUCGCAGGGUUGUCAGGGAUAUUUGCUGUCUAUGGUUAAAGCUGAUACGGAUGCAUUACCACGACUCUCGGACGUUCCUAUUGUUCGAGAAUUUUCAGAUGUAUUCCCUGACGAACUCCCCGGUUUGCCUCCUAAAAGGCAAGUCGAAUUUAUGAUUGAGUUGGUUCCGGGAAUCGCACCGGUAUCCAAGACCCCUUAUCGCAUGGCACCAAAGGAGUUAGAGGAGCUGAAGGUUCAGUUACAGGAGCUGUUGGACAGAGGAUUUAUCCGUCCCAGUGUUUCUCCGUGGGGAGCACCAGUACUCUUCGUUAAGAAGAAAGACGGAUCACUGAGACUAUGUAUUGAUUACCGACAGUUGAAUGCGGUCACUAUCAAGAACAAAUAUCCACUGCCACGUAUAGAAGAUUUAUUUGAUCAGCUGAAGGAUACCUGUGUAUAUUCAAAGAUUGAUUUGCGCUCAGGCUAUCAUCAGCUCAGGGUUGGAGAUGCGGAUAUUCCGAAGACAGCAUUUCGCACUCGUUAUGGUCAUUACGAGUUCUUGUUCGUUAUUGUGUUUAUCGACGAUAUUCUGAUAUAUUCCCGAUCUGAGGAGGAACACAGGCGACAUCUUCGCAUAGUUUUGGAGACGCUACGGCGAGAACACCUCUAUGCGAAGUUUAGUAAAUGCGCCUUUUGGCUACCUUCGGUGGGUUUUCUUGGACAUGUCGUUUCCAGCAGAGGUAUAUCAGUUGACCCACAGAAGAUUGAGGCAAUCACUAGCUGGGAGCAGCCGAAGACAGUACAGGAGAUACGUAGCUUUUUGGGUCUAGCUGGCUAUUAUCGGAGAUUUGUCGAGGGUUUUUCCAGCAUAGCCUUGCCUUUGACACGAUUGACCCGGAAGGGAGAGAAGUUUAGCUGGACGGAAUCUUGUGAGCAGAGCUUCCAGGAGCUCAAGCGGAGGCUUGUUACUGCACCAGUGUUAGUACUUCCCUCUGGCAUGGAUGGAUUUGUACUUUUCACGGAUGCAUCUUAUCAGGGAUUGGGUGCCGUACUUAUGCAGCGCGAACGUGUGGUGUCAUAUGCCUCGCGUCAGCUGAAAGAUCAUGAGAGGAACUAUCCAGUUCAUGAUUUGGAGUUGGCAGCUAUCGUCUUCGCAUUGAAGAUUUGGUGA